AUGGUUGCGCCCGCUGUCCCUGAAAUCCACGAGGAGGAGGAAAUCUACGUCGCUGUUGAUGCGCGCUCUGAGUCUUUGCAGAGCUUGCGGGAACUGGGUCCCCCGGACCUGGUAUACCUAGUGAAGCAGCCCAAGGCCAAUUCAACCCGUCAGACUGGUGUUUAUCAUCAUGUAACCGGAAUUGACGCCUCUUCGUCCGCCAGUCUUGCUGCCUAUGUCAACACCCUCACGUUCUCCCCUCUCGAUAAGACCCACAAAGUGGUAUCAGGAAUUUACUGCUGCUACAAUGCAUUCUCCCACCUGGACAUGCGAGUUGAAGUCAAGAUCCCUGGAAGCUUGGAGGCCUACUGUAUUGAUGAACGUGGUGAUAAGCGUGUGGCCACGGAGGCUCUAUGGCUAGAGACUUUUCUCUGCGCCGUCCUGAGAGCUUAUCUGUACGCCGAUGAUGGAAGCGGCGAGCAAAUUAAGAAAAUUGUCGGAGUCCGUCGCUUCAACCCGAUCACCAAUACUGAAAUGGAACACAAGUUCCUAGAUGCUGCCGAGAAACUCUUCUUCCUCGGACGCCAACUCAGCUCGGACCCCGAAACCCAAGUGCCGAACACCGUGAGCAACCACCUUACCUCGGGCAUCCUCAAAUAUAUCCACACGACCGGCCGCUAUACAUCUGGAAUCAACUUGUUUGAGAAGUUGCGCACAAAAGACGUAGAGGUCUCAUCCCUCCUGGCUCGAGUACAGUUGAUGGCCGACGAGGAAGUUCAAGCAGUGCGAUUAAUCUACGACGCUUUGCAAGAUGUCCCAAUGGAUUACGCCCUGCUUGACUGCCAGGCAUCAUUUUGUCAGACCAAGGGUGAGGGAGAAAUGGCCCUGGAGUGUGCCAAGCGCGCGGUGACUGCUGCACCCAGCGAGUUCAGCACCUGGGCUCGAUUGGCAGAAGUUUAUGUAGGACUUGAGCAAUGGGAUUUGGCACUUCUCACUUUGAACUCCUGUCCCAUGUUCACCUACCAGGAUAAAGAUACCCCUCGCAUGCCACAGCCGUCUCGUAUAAUGCUUCCGAUCCUAUCGGAAAGCAUUCUUGAUGAGAUUGAUGAAGGUCAACCCAAGCAAGGAGACCCUCACGAUUAUAUUCACCCCUCCUUGAGGAAGUUGCACGCCGCUGGUUACCAGGGAACAUUCCUGAAGGCUUACAAUAUUCUGACCAAGAUCGCUGCAGCAAUUGGAUGGGAUCAGCUAUUGAGAGCCCGAAGUGAGGUGUUCGUUAUGGAAGAGGAAUAUCGUGUUGAGAGACAGCAUGUGCCUAAACCUGCCCACUCACUUGAAGCGGAGACGAACGGCGCCUUUGUUGACAAGGAUGAAGACGAGGAAGAUUCAGCAUCUGUCUCCGGCCCUGGCCCAGCGAAGUCAUCUGCGGCAUCUACGAAUGGCAACGGCGAUGAAACCCAGGCAGAUGAUACGAUUGAGCGUCCUGAGCAAACAGUGGCUUCCGAGGUGGUCAAGUCUGGCAAUGAUGAUCCGGAUCCUUCCCACAGCAAAUACACACAUUUCCGCCACAAGCGUCUGUGUGAGCGGUGGUUGGACAACCUUUUCAUGGUCUUGUAUGAAGACCUCCGCAUUUAUACCAUCUGGCGAACAGAGAUGGCCCAGUUCCGCCAGCAGGCGAUCGAAUACAAAAAGUCAGCCGCGGAGUGGGAAAUCCUGGGUGAGCUGGCCGAGAGACUUCAUCACUUUGACGAGGCUAUCGAGGCGUUCCAGAGCUGUCUGGCAACUCGCUUCUCACCCAAGGCUAUGCGCGGUGUGUUGAAGCUAUAUGAAAAGAGAAAUGACACCCGCGGAAUCUUGGGUGCACUCAUCCGUCUGAUUGCAUGGCAAUACCGCUGGUACUCUGAAUUCUCUCCUGAGCUGUUGUACUUGAUGCGCAAGCUUAUCGAGGAUGAGGGCGCGGUCAAGGUUCGCAGCAUUGUGCAAGCCACCAAUUUGCCUCAGCCAGUCCUGGACCUCACACAUCAGUACUGCCAACUGUGUGCCACAUUCAGAAGCAGUGGUAGCGAUACUUGA